AUGGACUUUUCUCAACUGAGCCGGGUAGGUCUGACCCUAAAUGUGAUGUGCUUAGCCAGACUCGAUGAGGCCCGUGAUCGCCUUCUGCGCAAGCUGACAUACUCCAUGCGUCAUCCCCUUCCAGACAAACUUGGAUCUCGAUCAGGUCAAUCAAGAGAGCAGCAGCAGACCCAAAGCCGUGUGCUCUUUGGCUGUCGCAAUAAUUUCCGCCGUAUUCCUCUGGUGUUGCAUAGGGCACGGGAGAGAUGGACUGCUGCUACUCGUAGCGGUGUCUUUUGCAAUAGCUUUAGAGGGGUUAGCAGCGAUAUUCAGAAUGUGGAUGAACUAGGCACUUGGAAAGAAGAAGACUAUGCUGAAAAUUUAAUUCUGAGAAAGGAUAUUCGAAAUACAGAGGAAGACCAGAUGGCGCUAGAGCAAAAUGAGAAUAUAUUAUUGGAAGCUAGCGAGUCUAUAUUAGGAAGAGAAAUCACCAAAAAAGACCACUCAUAUCUUAAUCUGGAUUCACUUAAAAAUACAGAUAAUGAACUCAACACAACAUCCUCUUCCGUGGACCGCUUGUUUGACAACCUGGCAUCGACAUCUUUUGCUCAAUUAAAGUCCAACUACACAGUUAACAGUUCUUCUGCUCAUCCGACACCUUAUUCUCACGUUACUCCGUGCGAUUUUGGGGUACUUGGACAGUCUCCGACUUCCCAACAUCGUUCGUGUAAAGCUAACAGACUAUUGUCCACGAGCGGGAAGGUUACUCUAUCAGGUGCCGCCUACAAUCAGGUAAUCACUUAUCAACUCUUUGAACUUUUUAAAUAG